UAGAAUUUUCGGGGACAAUUAAAAAAUGAUGGAGAAAUUCAAGUAUCCAGUAACUUUAAUUACACUCUUGGUCUAUGUUCAGUCAAUCAAAUCAGAAAUUCCUCUAGCACCAGCACUAUAUGUAUUUGGAGAUUCAAUAUUUGAUAGUGGGAAUAAUAAUCUUUUGCCAACUUUAGCUAAGGCUGGUUUCAAGCCUUAUGGUUCUAAUUUUAAUGGAGGAGCUACUGGAAGAUUUACAAAUGGGAAAACUGUUGCUGAUUUUAUUGCUGAAUUUCUUGGAUUACCGUUUUCACCACCUUACUUAAGUUUACGAGGAUCAUUAAAACUCACAGGGUUAAAUUAUGCAUCUGGGUCCUGCGGUAUUUUACCUUAUACAGGAAACUUCAUCGGCAAGUGCCUGCAUAUUUCUGAGCAGGUUGAUUUAUUCCAGCGAACGGUAGAGCAAGAAUUGCCUAGACAAUUUGAUGAUCCUGAGGAGCUUACCAGUUAUUUAUCGAGAUCGAUUUUUCUCAUCUCUACAGGCAGCAAUGACUAUGUAAACAACUAUCUACAGGCAAAUAUAUAUGGCACAAGCAAACAUUAUACUUCCGAGUCAUUUGCCAAACUUCUCCUCGAUGCACUUUCUCAACAAUUUCAGAGGUUAUAUCGGCUAGGAGCAAGAAAGGUGAUAAUGUUCGAGAUAGGACCAAUUGGUUGUAUUCCAUCACUUAAAAAGCAGCUUCGCCAAAAUGGACUUUGUGUUGAAGAAUAUAACCAUAUGGCAGUAAUCUUCAACAACCAGCUAAGUGACAUGCUCAAAAAUCUUACUUCCACCCUUCAAGGCUCGGCUUUUAUUCUUGGCCAUGCUCACUGGCUCGGCUACGAAGCCGUCACCAAUCCUUCUACUUAUGGUUUAAUGGAUCCAAUUAGUCCGUGUUGCAUCACUUGGGCAAAUGGGACAUCAGCAUGCAUACCGGAACUCGUGCCGUGCCGCAAUGCAGAAAAACACUACUUCUGGGAUGGUUAUCAUCUUACUGAAACCGUAUAUAGGGUUAUCGCUACUAAAUGUUUCAACGGCACAUCUGUUUGUAUUCCCAACAAUAUUAGUGAGCUUGUGGAAGGUUGACAAGACUUUGUUUUCUUAAGAAAAGGGAUUUGACCUCCUGCUAUAUAUGUACAACUACAAAUCAUGGAAAAUGGAGGACUUAAUUAUAAGUGAUAUUAAACGAGUCCAAAUAUAUGAUGAGUACCUAAUACUAGUAUGUUAUAAAGUUUCACCGAUCUUUCUGCCCUUGU